AGCUGAUUGUCAAAAGUGACAAAUGUACGCGUUACCGGCGUUUUAUUAUCAGUGUGGUGCGGUGUUAUCACUAGUCUUCAAGUAACAUUUAAAAAUAGAAAAUAGAAGUGAGUACUGAACACUCAGUGUUUUAUCGUUUAGUACCGACUUGUUACAACUGGAAGGUAUAAGGCUAUAAGUUUAACCAUGCCCCGAGACCUAGACAUCAUCCUGUUCGGCGCCACGGGAUUCACCGGUAAACACGCCCUUCCUCUAAUCGCCAAAUUCGCGAAAACCAAAACCCGCAACCUGGCUUGGGGAGUCGCCGGUCGUACCGAGAAAAAGCUGAAAGACCUCUUGGAGCAAUGCGAGAAGGAUACCGGGACCCCGUUGAGCCACGUCCCGGUGAUCAUCGCCGACGUCGAAAACGAGAAAAGUCUGACCGAAAUGGCCAAAAAAGCGCGAAUUAUCGUCAAUUGUUGUGGGCCGUAUCGCUUUUUCGGGGAGCCUGUAGUUAAAGCGUGCGUUGAAGAAGGGACGCAUCAUGUGGAUGUGAGCGGGGAGCCGCAGUAUAUGGAGAGGAUGCAGUUGAAAUAUAACGAGAAAGCUAGGGAGAAGGGGGUUUAUGUUAUUAGUGCUUGCGGAUUUGAUAGCAUACCGUCAGACUUAGGGCUGGUGUUUUUGCAAAAGAAGUUUGAUGGCACUUUGAAUUCGGUUGUUACUUAUAUGGAGUCAUGGGAGGAAGGGCAAGCCGUUUCAGGUCCGGCUAUUAAUUACGGCACUUGGGAGUCUGCAGUCUAUGGGUUAGCGCACGCGCAGGAGUUGAGGGCGCUACGAAAGGAGCUUUUCACCACCAGACUCCCCAGUUUCAAACCAAAAUUGCAGGCCAAGACCGUUCCUCAUAAAAGCGAGCAUCUGGAAGGUUGGGUGCUGCCUUUCCCUGGUGCCGAUCGCUCAGUAAUGAAACGCUCGCAACGCCUUUUCUACGAGAAAGACCAAAAAAGGCCCGUUCAAAUCGAGACCUAUUUCAUUCUUAAAUCAUUUUGGAGCGUCUUCCUGAUAUCCAUUUUCGGCAUGAUUUUCCAAUUCUUGGCGAAGUUCGAUUUCGGAAGGAGUCUCCUAUUGAAAUACCCUGAAAAAUUCAGCGCCGGAUUCUUCAGCCGGCAGCCUCCAAGUGAAGAAAAAAUCGAAAAGGCGCGCUUCAGUGUGACUUUGUUUGGUGAGGGAUGGAAAGAGAAGCUUGCUGAUGUCAACGAUCAGUACUCCACUCCUCCAGACAAGCUCAUAAGUGCCAAAAUCAAAGGAAGCAACCCAGGUUAUGGCGCCACUUGCGUGUGUUUGUUGCUUGCUGCUAUAACCGUCAUCACAGAACCCGAAAAGAUGCCCUCUGGUGGAGGAGUUUACCCACCAGGUUAUGCUUUCGCUAAUACUUCUCUUAUUGAGCAACUUAAUGAAAACGAAGUUACGUUUGAUGUACUUUUUGAGAAGGAUUUGUCUGAUUCUAAACAUUAACGGUUUAGGCUUUGUUUGAUUUGCUUUGUGUUUGUUAAAAUAUUUAACGUGCGUAUUUAUUGUACUUUUUAACCAUGUAAUGUCAAAUAAAUAUAUACUUAAACGGGAA